AUGGCACCAGUAAACCCCAAUAUGAAAAACAGAGGACAGUUCGUGAACAAGAACUUUAAAAAAAACUAUGCAAGGGGUCCUGUGUCCGCUGCCACGAAAAAGAAACGAAAAUGGGUACCAGAGCAAAAGGUUUUCGACGGCAGCCUAACAGAAGGACAAGGAUUUGCCUUCAAAAGGAAAGAAAAGAUCCGACAUGAAUACAGCAAACUCCUUCGAAAGGAGAGAAGGAGAAAUCCAGAGGUAAAAAUACAGACAACGGAGGAAUACCCGGAACAUCUGAAGCAUCUUUACUUGGCCGAGAAGGAGAAACUGGAGGAAGAGGAGCGCACUAAACAGCUGAAACGAAGGAAAGGGAGGGCACCUGAUCCAGGGCAAGAAGAACAGACCAGCACAAAUGGUUCUGAUUCCAGGGAUGCAGUUGCCUCAGCAACCAGUACCUCCUCUGACCAAACCGGUGUCCCAGCCUUGCCGCGUGAGCAAGAGCAGCCUGCUCAGAGGGACAGUUUUCCUAAAACUCCCAUUGGUAAAAAGAAACAGAAGAUGUCCUCCUACCAGAGAACACAGCAGGAGUUCGAGAGGAGAAAAGAGGAGCGGGAGCGUAAGAGAGAGGCAUUUUUGAAGGACAAAGCCCAGAGAGAGGAGGCCUUGAAGAGGUACAAGGAGAAAAAAAUGGCAACUUAUCAGCUGCUGAAGAAAAAGACCAAGAAGGGACAGCCAAACCUGAACCUGCAGAUGGAGCUGCUGCUUCAGAAGAUCCAGGAGCAGAGAAAAUGACCUGUCUUGUAGUGCUGACCUGUGGCUCUGUCAGGAAUCCUGAUCCACUGACACACUCAGUCCUGAUUUUCUCAUCACUGAGAGACUGUCAGCGCAUGACUGAUGAACUGAAUGCGUGGAAAGAUUCAUGGAAGUGGAUGGGAGAGUGUUUGUUUAAUUUAAUUGGUGGACUUUGUAGGG